AUGAAUGGUUCAAAUCGAAUUGUUUUCCUCUGGAGCACGAAGGAAUUCGCCAGCACCAAAGACCGCCGGUCGUUCCGCAUCAACGUCGAUUAUGACCAUGCAGUACGUGUACGGUGGAGUCCCGAUGGCCGAGCUUUGGUGGUCUACAAGUAUAGCGAGGGCUGCAUCGAAGUCUACAAGGUGGAUAAAGUUGAUAACUGGUUCCAAAUUCAAACUAAGGGUUCCACUUUCCCUCGAGCCCAUAUGGAAGACAUCGUAGGAUUCGGAAUAGCCCCAGAUGGAAAAUAUCUCAUGACCUGCUCGAACAAAACCGAUCUAACCGUAUGGGAUGUAAGAGGAAAUGUCCUGGAAAAGAUCGAUACCUUCCUAAUGAGUACGUACAAUGCCAAAAUCUCCCCUUGUGGAAAAUUCAUCGCUGCUUGCGGUUUUACGAGUGACGUGCCUCUGUGGGAGGUCAAGUUUAGCAAAUCUGGAGACUUUCAAUCGGUUCAGAAGGCGUUUGAUCUGUCCGGACAUAAAUCAGGCAUUUACGACAUUGCUUUUGAUCAAGAUUCUUCAAAGACGGUCACCGUAUGCAAGGAUGGAACAUGGAAGAUUUACAAUACGAAAAUUGAGUAUCAAAAAGGAGAGAUGCCACGUUGUCUGUUGACUGGAACAUACGAAGCAACGAGUGCCGCAGCUCUAGUGGCCAUGAGCCCUUCGGGAGAAGUUGUUGCCAUCGGUACUGGAAAGUCAAUCUAUUUUUACUCUGCUACCACCGGACAUUUGGAAGCAUCGAUCGAAGACAUGUGUUCGGGUCAAAUAUCGACUCUUCAGUUCGAUCCCAUUGGCAAAUAUUUGCUGGUUUGCGCUGAUCGCUACAUUCGCAUCUUCCAUAACAUGCCCGGAUACAAAGUGGCCUUAGAAAGUUUGGAGCAAAAGUUGAAACAAUCAAAAAUGUCCGCUGCCACACGAGAGCGCAUCGAAAUGCAGAUUUCCGAGAAUGAAGCGUUUUUGAAAAAGUUUGAAUGA